AUUGCAUUGUAAGGUAAGCUCAUAAUUUCUGAGAUGUAAUCCCUUUACAUCCAGAGAUUGUCUUGAUCGCUAUAUAACCAUUUACCAUCUCUACAUCGCGAGUUCUCUCUACAUAUAGUUAAAGAUGGCACCACGUAAAGGAAAGCAGAAGGAAGAACAGCCCGUCGUGGCCUUAGGCCCGCAAGCUCUCGGAGGCGAAAACGUGUUUGGCGUAGCCCACAUCUACGCCAGUUUCAACGACACCUUCGUUCACGUCACCGAUCUCUCCGGCAGGGAAACCAUUGCUCGGGUGACGGGUGGCAUGAAGGUGAAGGCCGACCGUGAUGAGGCAUCUCCCUACGCGGCCAUGUUGGCUGCUCAGGACGUGGCCGAGAAAUGCAAGCAGGUCGGCAUCACUGCACUUCACAUCAAGCUGCGUGCCACAGGGGGAACACGGACAAAGACGCCUGGACCGGGAGCUCAGUCUGCUCUCCGGGCCUUGGCCCGUUCAGACAUGAAGAUUGGCCGCAUUGAGGAUGUGACGCCAAUCCCAUCAGACAGCACUCGGAGGAAAGGCGGUCGUCGGGGCAGGCGUCUGUAAAGGCACCAGAAUAAACCUUUCGUUUGGCAUCUGGCCUCACAGCAA